ACGCCCGCUGCGCUCCUCCACAUCCGUGUGCACGCUCAUGCGCUCCUCCGGGCACGCCUCGCUCCUCGCAUCGCCCUUUGCAGAGAAAGGUUUUGGAGAGGUGGGGCCAAGCAAAAGGCAGGGGGGCGGGCAGGCGGGCGGGCCGGCUGACUUUCCCCAGCUAGGUUGCCGCAGCCGCCAAGGCGCCAGAUCCCUUCCUGCACCGGCCCUCACCUCUCCUGCGCGCCUUUCCAUGUCUCCAAGGGCCGCCGGGUCGAUCUGGGGCAUUCCGGGGCCGGGCCGUGCAGGAGUCUUUUGAGCAACUCUCGGAUCCCGCAAGCGGGCAGGAAAGAGAAACUUCGGAGGCCGGUUCAUCAAGGUCAGCAUUAUGACUGAUGGGGACUAUGACUAUCUGAUCAAACUCCUGGCCCUGGGGGACUCUGGGGUUGGGAAGACAACCUUUCUGUACAGAUACACGGACAACAAGUUCAACCCUAAGUUCAUUACAACAGUUGGAAUCGACUUCCGGGAAAAACGUGUGGUGUACAAUAGCCGAGGGAGUAAUGGAUCUCCGGGAAAAGCCUUUAAGGUCCACCUGCAGCUCUGGGACACAGCUGGGCAAGAAAGAUUCCGAAGCCUCACAACGGCAUUUUUCCGGGACGCCAUGGGCUUCCUGCUAAUGUUUGAUCUCACCAGUCAGCAGAGCUUCUUAAAUGUCAGGAAUUGGAUGAGUCAGCUACAAGCGAACGCAUACUGCGAGAGUCCAGAUAUAGUAUUAAUUGGAAAUAAAGCCGACCUAUCAGAUCAGAGGGAGGUCAAUGAAAGACAAGCGAAAGAUUUGGCAGACAAAUACGGUAUCCCGUACUUCGAAACGAGUGCAGCUACCGGCCAAAACAUCGAUAAGGCGGUGGAAACGCUCUUGGACUUGAUAAUGAAGCGCAUGGAACAGUGCGUGGACAAGACUCAAGACUCAACGGCCAACGGGGGCAGUUCAGGAAAACUGGAUUCGGCAAAAACGGAAGAGAAGAGAUGCGCUUGUUGAUUUGGUCCCCCUGGACUGCAGAGAGCGAACGAGGAACCAUUAAAUUCAACCCUGGAAGCUCCUCUGGGCCCCAUGUGGCCUUUGUUGUUGUCUGAAAGCAAGCCUGAUUUUUUGAUGUUGAGAGAUUCGUGCUUUUGUGCUUGAGCAGAUGCUCCCUUUCUACAGUGCCAUCUUCAUAAAACAAAACAAAAGACCCUCCCCUCACCUUCUUAAUCCAGUUAGGCUAGUAUAUAGAGGAAAGACUUCUUCUGGGGGAGGCGGGGAGGGCUGUUCAGUUGGUAGGAGAUACUUUUUUUUAAUAAGGCAAGGGGAACUCCUUGGAGAAGACCUUGGCCAUCUCUUUUAAAUCCUGUUGCCUUCUGUGACGAUGUGCAUAAUGCGUUUGCUCCAGGCAGUUUUUUAAAGAACUAAAGGAUAGACAAGUGUGCCUUGUAUCACCUUGUGCGCGGGGGGAGGAAAGCCUGAGAAAGCGAGUUUUGUGAUUACAUUUUGUUGACCAACUUCCCGGUGAGAUCAGUGCUGCAAAGGAGUUGGUGGAAUCCUCUUUGGAAUUAAAACCAAGGGAAGUAGAACUGAGGGAAUUAAAACCAGCCUUUUGCUAAGUGGAUUGGACCUCUCUCUCUCCCAUGAGUUGAAAGAGGGAACCAGAAAUUCCUGUCCCCCUGUCGGAAAAGAGCAAAUGUAUCCUGCGGGCAAGCUGUAAACUUAAAAGACCCUUUCUGCCUUCUAACAAAAACCUCCAGAAUGUGAGCUGCCUUUUUCAAGGGUACCUGUGUAAAAAUGGUGGCCACUUUCCUUCCUGACGUUUGAAUGGGGUUUUGUUAGGGACUCCCCAGGUUUUUUGUAGGAGAGGGAGAGGUAGGACAUCUGUUUGGGUUAUCAAUUAGUAGAGUUAGCUUUCCUUCCCGCUCUUUCUCCCUAGUGUUGGCCUUAUGAUCAUUAUUGUUAAAAAAUAGGUCACUUUAUAAAAAAGAAAGCUGUGCCAAGCGUCGAUCAGGGAAACGGAGCACCGAAAAGUGAAACCCUGAUUGGAUGCAGUGUAGGUUUGCCACUUUGAAGGUUUUAUUUAAUGGGUGGAGAAGGGGUAGACACAUUGCUCGUGUUCUUGUCAUUGUCAGCUGUGCCACCUUUGAAGUGCGCUUUCGACGGGUGAGCCUAGGUCGGUGAUGUCUUGAAAUGUCUCUUUCUGAAAUAAAAAUUCAGCCGCUUCCCUCCUGUA